UUGUUUAUCAGAGUCGUGUACAGAUUCCGUUCAGGUGAAGGUGGAGGAGACGGGAACGACGGUGGUAAUGAUAGGAAUAUACAUAACUAUGAUGCAGUAUGCAAAGAUGAUAAUCCGUAUUGUUCAUUGGUUAAAGAUUACAUUUGCAUCGGGCCUAAACAAUUCGCUAUGAAUAGUUGCAGAAAAACGUGCGGACAUUGCGGUGGUGAAGGAGGUUUGCCAUCACCUUAUCAACUCACAGAACCGAAAGGUAUUGAAUCAUCCAUCCAUUACACAUUUUCAGCAACGCCUCGUCAGGCAGGUCGAGAAAAUGGAACUGAUGAGCAUUCAACGCAACCAAAUGAUGACGGGCAUUCCAAUUCAACGGUCCCAAGUGGCAGUGUUAAUGACAAUAUGGAAGUUACCACUAGUAUCACCCUUGGCGUCAUGGAUUCUGUCAGAUCUGAUGAAGUGGUCCGAGCAGGCACUACUGAUGAGACGUCAACGCAGUUAAAUGAUGAUGGUCGUUCCACUUCACCGUAUCCAAGUACCAAUAUGCACGAAGGAACGGCGUCUCACGACUAUACCACCAUAUCCAGCAGUAAGUUGCACUUUUUCUGA